CUUGUGUUAUAACGGGAGAAGUAGUAAAAAUACCAUUUAUUCCUAAUUAGCUAUAUUUUAUUAAUAAAUAACCCGGUAAACCAUUUUAUUUUGCUUACCUUUUAAUUAAAAAAUUAAGAGUGUAACACGGACUUUUUUCUUCGCAGAAUUUAAGACUGCAUUGUCUGUAACUAAAUUUUACACCGGUGCAAAGUUUCAUAAUUUUUCAAUUUGUCGUUUGUUGCACAAGUACAUGUGUCUAGAAGAUAUUGUUUUAUAUAAAUAAUCUUGCUAUCUAUAUGUUUUGCUUUCUGAUUGCCUUAUGCAAUAGGAUCGAGCGCAAUGAGAUGUUUAAGUUAAAUAAUGAAUUCAUGAAGGAAAAAGAACACCUUUGGAAUUCACUGGUACAAAAGGAGAAAGAAGUCGACGAACUUCGAACAAGAUUGAGUCGAGUUGCCUCUGAACGUCUCACAGAUAAUAACCCGAACGUAGCUGACCUUAGCGAUCAAAAUCGUCCGGUGAAAAUAGCAGACAGAUAUACUGAGGUUUACAGUAAUGAAUGGAGUGAUGCUUUUGAAGAUCUAGUGGCAACUGGGGAUAGAACUGAGCAGGAAGCAAUAAAAAUUCUGCUGGAGUUUAUCGAGAAUAUCUACAACAUGUGUCUUAAUAUUUCUACAAAUAAUGCAAAGGACUUGAAUACAAAUAUUCUAUUGUUCACUGGUCAUAUCUUCAGAGGAGCUGAUAUGAAGAUAUCUACCAACCUUUCAAGCGCUAUGAAGCCAUUUAAAGAUGAAAGAAAACUAAUGUAUAAAGAAUUCCUGCCAACAUUAUGCACGGAAACGAACAAACUUAGAGAUAUAAAACUGGUGAAGAAGAAGGACAGAACAAAAAAGCUUCAGAAAUACCUUGAUACUGCUACAGAACUUUGUUGGCUUAUGUGUAUUCAAGACCCACCAGUGCAUCUAUACACAGAUUGUAAACAGGGACAUAAAUUUGAUGAAAAUAACUUCAGUGCGUUUACAGUGCGAGGUACAACGGUCGAUUAUUUAGUUUGGCCAGCUCUACAUUUGUGCCAAAAUGGACCAAUUUUGAAGAAAGGAGUAGCACAAGCUAAGGCAACAAACAAAGAAAACCGUCAGAAAAUAAAACCAAACUCUAGCAGGAACUCUGAAAGUCAGUGCCAUGACCAAAAUGCACAAUCACUUUCAUUUUAAAUUAUUAUAAAUUCUAGAUCUUCUGAUUACCUUUACCUCAUUAAAUUAUUUGAAGGAAAUAGUGAUAUAUCUUUUUCAUCUUUUGGUGAACUUUGUUCCUGCCAGUAUAUAAAUAGAACGCCGCUUUUACAUUUUUACAUUGACAUUGUUAACUUGAAAAACCCAACAAACAAAUAGCUAUAACAAAGGAAUUUUUCACAUGUAUACUACUUAUUAUGACAUUUAUAGAAAAGCAAUGGGUUGAUUGGUGUUUCACAUCUCGAUAUACAACUACCCAAUAUAUACAAAUGAAAACACUUUUUUUGCAGACUGCAUAAUAUGAUUAUCUAGCGUGCCGUUUGCGUUCAAAUGAGCGGACAAAACAUUUAAAUAUUUAAUUUUUUUAUUUGCAAAUCUGUUGUGUAAAGUUGGUUGUUUCUAUACAGAAUAGAACCAAUAACACAUUUUAAAAAUGUU